GAUUUGUUACUUACACUGACAAUUGACACCAUUAGAUAAUAACAAUAAUAAUAAUAAAUUUUAUUUUUAAUGCACUUUUCAUUUAGGCAAAAAUCUCAAAGUGCUACAUUUAAGAUGACAAUCAUGAAAUAAAAACAGCAAUCAGAUAAAAUAAUUGAAAAAAGAAGAUGUGGGCAUCUGAGGGUUGUUGUUUGUUUUGUAGUUAUUAGUAUUUUACAUAGGUAAGAAUAAUUAUUAAAAAUUGGUUUGCAUCUGUUCAGCUGUCAUUCUAAUCGCACGUUGACCAAAAACAUUGGGAUACCAUUUUAUUGUUUUAUUAUUCAAAUCUGUUUUCUAAGGUCAGAAUGUCUUUCUGUCAUAUCAAGUGCUUUGUUAGAGACUUAUCUGCUUCAGUCACAUUAUUGUGUGUAUAGAUGCUUCCCCAAACAGAGUGUGGCCUCUUUAAUCAUUAACAUAACCAACAAAAUAUGACAGCAAGUAACUGAGUAGCUAUAAAAGCACUUUUUAUUGUUUUAUUGUAAGUUGGUGAACUUAGAUUAGUCAUCACUGAGCAAUGGCCAGAUGUUUUUGUCAGCAACAUAGACAGCAGAUAUGGUCAGAAUUAAAGUUAUUUAGUGUAUUCUGUUAUGUGACUUUAUGGGUAAACUUGUUCUUACCAGCACCUGCAUCUCUUCUCCAUCAUUCAAAUUGCUAUUUAAAUACAAUUUCUGAAAACAAGUACUUUUAAGGUGCAACUUCACAUAAGACUAUAGCACUGUAAAUCAUCGUAAAUAUGACUAAUUUUAGCUACAUUAACUUCUGGAACUUAUAAUGCCAUAGUGUCUAGAUUUACUAUUAAAUUACUUUGAUUAUUCUCAAUAAUUAUUAACACAGUAGGGUCUCACUAAGUUAUUCAAUAUUUUAUAUAAUUUCUUUAGGUUUCAUUUCUAAUAUGUAACUUUUUCAGGUAUGAUUGUGUUUAGUCUUGUAAGGUUGAUUUAGUAAUGGUAGUCAUAAUCUUUUUAACUGGAAGGCCAUUUGGUUCAGUGGCUGUUGUCUUAAAUGUUCUAUAAAAAAGUGUUGACUUGCCUUUGCUAUUGUAUCUUGUUUAUUUUGCAUUUUUGCAAUUUUAUUUUGCUGAAUUUAUUUUUAUUAUUCGACUCAUUUGUCAUUUGCUUUAUUGUAAACUAAAAGUAUCAUCAUCAUCAUCAUCAUCAUCAUCAUUAUUAAAGAAUGUGAAAUGGCCUUUUUUGCUUAGAGCACAGUGUCUCACACUUGAAAACUUGAAAACACUGCAAUAAUCAGUAGAGGUCAGUACUAAUGCAGCUGCACCUGUAAGUCACGUUUUCUAUGAUUUAAUUCAGUCACUUUCUGUUUAUUUACGUUUAGAUUGUUGUUGUUUUGGUUUAUCUGUAAAGUAAAUAGUAAUGAAUCGACAUUGAUAUGGUGAAGUUGACAGAUUGUGUUCAUUUUGAAAGGUGUGAAUGAAGCAUCAGCUGUGACAGGUGACAACAACGUGACGUCACGUGGCCACCGCGGAAGUGACAGUGGAGUUUGUGUUGAUGCGGAAGAGAAGCGAACCUUGUGGAUGUUUUGCGAUUAAAGUUGCCCGACGACGAAACUUUAACCGACAGAACAACUUCUAAUGGCAAGCGGUAACUUACAGAAAGCCAUUGAUCUGGCAAGCAGAGCUGCCCAGGAAGACAAAGCCAAGAACUAUGAAGAGGCCUACAGAUGUUAUGAGAGUGCAGUGCAGUACUUCCUUCAUGUUGUCAAGUAUGAGAUUCAGGGUGAACGAUCGAAGCAGAGCAUCAGGGCCAAGUGUGCAGACUACCUGGACAGAGCCGAGCAGCUGAAGGAAUAUCUGAAGAAGAAGGACAGUGCUCCUCCAGCCAAACCUGUCAAAGAGUCUGGUGACAAAGGCAGUGAAAGCGAUGAAGGGGACGAUCCAGAGAAGAAGAAAUUCCAAAAUCAACUCUCAGGUGCCAUUGUUAUGGAAAAGCCAAACAUUAAGUGGGACGAUGUUGCCGGACUUGAGGGAGCCAAAGAGGCUCUAAAAGAAGCUGUCAUCCUGCCCAUCAAAUUCCCACAUCUGUUUACAGGAAAACGAACUCCUUGGCGAGGGAUCCUUCUGUUUGGCCCUCCAGGAACAGGAAAAUCCUAUCUGGCCAAGGCGGUGGCCACAGAAGCCAAUAACUCCACCUUCUUCUCCAUCUCCUCCUCUGACCUUGUGUCCAAGUGGUUGGGGGAAAGUGAAAAGUUGGUGAAGAACCUGUUCAGUCUAGCCCGAGAAAACAAACCAUCGAUCAUUUUCAUUGAUGAGAUCGACUCCCUCUGUGGCUCCAGGAGCGAGAACGAGAGUGAAGCAGCGCGCAGAAUCAAGACGGAGUUCCUCGUCCAGAUGCAGGGUGUUGGAAAUGACAAUGAUGGAAUCCUGGUCCUGGGAGCAACAAAUAUACCAUGGACAUUGGACUCAGCUAUCAGGAGAAGGUUUGAAAAACGAAUCUACAUUCCUCUGCCGGAGGAGCACGCCCGCUCCUUCAUGUUCAAACUGCAUCUGGGCUCCACCCCCAACGACCUGACAGAGAUGGACUUCGUGAGUCUGGGCAAAAAGACGGCGGGCUACUCUGGAGCUGACGUCAGUAUAAUCGUCAGGGACGCCCUCAUGCAGCCUGUCAGGAAGGUUCAGACAGCUACUCACUUCAAAAAGGUUCGAGGGACAUCAUUUAACAAUCCUGGCGUAGUAGUGGACGACCUGCUGACUCCCUGCUCGCCUGGAGAUCCCAACGCCGUGCCGAUGACCUGGAUGGACGUCCCUGGCGAGAAACUUCUGGAGCCGGUUGUGUGCAUGAAUGACAUGCUGAGGUCACUAUCAAGCACCAAGCCGACAGUGAACGAGCAGGACUUGGAUAAGCUGAAGAAGUUUACUGAAGAUUUUGGGCAAGAAGGCUGAUGACACUCACUGUCUCCUCAUAAAUGGGAUAAUUAUCUGUCAAAAAUGGUGGAAGAGUUCCACAAGAGGUCGCUGUAGCCCAAAGUUCAUACUCGCACCCCUUUUUUUUAAUCAACCACUAAUAAGAGAAUCAACUGUUUCAGCACUAUUAACCUAUCAGUCUGCAGAGGUUUUACAUUUUUAAGGAUUUUUUUCAUAUUUCUUUUACUUAUUACCAAAUAAUACUUUGUUUUCUUUAAUGAAAGUGUAUUACUGUUUACUUCAAGUAGAAGAAGGUGCUGCUACGGUGAGUUGAUGCACCUUUCCGGCGCUACAUUCUUCUUUUUGAUGUCAAGAGCGAACUGGGUUUCAUGGUUGUCUUUUAUAAAUGGGAAUUUACACUAUCAAAUCUGACUCAACUUUAAACAUGUAUAUAAUAUUUUAGUGGUUAUUUUAUUCCACGACAUACAAACUUCUGCUGCUGAGUUUCUAAAAAUUAAAUACAAUAACACUUUUGAAAGCAUUUCUAAAUCCGAAUAAACUUCCCAGUGAAGUUUAAUGCACAUUUUCUGCACAUUUAAUUACCAUCUCGUUAUAUUAGACUGUUUCUACAUCUUGCUGUAAUCAAGCUGCAUUUCCAAACUGUCAUACUUUACUUGUCGAUUAUAUUUUGAGUUAUUUAUAGAUAUAUACUCAAACUGUGUCGCCUUUGGGUUUAAAAUAUAUUUAAGUGUUUCUUUUGGGGGUUUGCACAGGUUACAUAAAUAAAAAAAGGAGGUCAUAUGUA